AACCAUUCUCUGUGCGAGAUUUUUUCUUGUACCAUUGAGCUCCCCUCAAACUCGAAGGUCGCUCAAUUUUCAAGAUCCAGCUAGGCCUCGCCCUAGCUUGUUUGUUGAGGUCAAUAUGGCCAAUAUCUUACACAGAUCAUUUGUUUGCUGUAAUAGCUUGGUCGGGCAGUUAAGAUCUCAGAUAACCCAUCAGACUCUGCUGAGCACAUCCAUAGUUGCCACCAACCAACCAUGUAGGAACAAAACCACACAAACAAUCCACAAGGCUCGGAAGAAGGCCAGGCUGACUCUCAAAGACCAGGAGCGAAUGAGAAAAUCAGAGGAGUACAAGAACGAUCGACGCAAGUACAUCCUCGAUACCCUAAGAAACGCAGGUAUCAGGCCUGGACAACAGUAUCAAGAGAGGGCAAUCACCAUCACCUGCACUGGUGAUUUCUUUGAACCCUAUAUCCCACCAGAAGGAGAUGGAAAAGCAUCGUCUCUAACCACAGAGGGUGCUAAGCAACGUCUUGAGAGAGUCAAGAAUGUAGGUGUCACGCAAAUGGCCCAGAGGAAAAUUAGGCAAUUUGAACCAGAGUUUACGACGACAGACUUUGCCUGGAAAGCCCAGCAGAUCUAUGUUGAUGCUCACAAUGCUCUCCAGGAUUUUGACAGACAUCUACUGCAUUCACUAGUCACAGAAAAGUGUUAUCCCGAGAUGAUAGCUGGUUUCCGUUACAAGACAAUAAGAUGGAAGAUGCUGGAAUCCAUUGAGAAACCUCGUAUUGUACACAUGAGAUGUACAGACAUGAUUAACAAAGGCAACAUUUAUGGGCAGGUCACUGUGCGCUUUCAUACAAGACAGACACUGGCAAUCUACGACCGAUUUGGUCGCAUCAUGGUCGGUAGCGAAGAUGUACUCAAGGAUGUCCUGGAGUACGUAGUCUUUGAGAAACAUCUACCUCAUCGGUAUGGAACCUGGAGGAUGCAUGGUAAGAUAGUCCCAGAAUGGGCAGACCACAGGGAACCGGUAGUCAGGACUAUGGUCUUGCCUGAGGAGAUGGAGGAGGAGGAGGAGAUAGAGGAGGAGGAAGGAGAGGUGAUGGAGCAAGGAAGUAGUGAGAAAGGACAUGUGGAACACCAAACGAACUGAUUAACAAAUGAAUAACUUUCUAUCUAGUAGUUUUGAUGGACAGUGUGUGGAGGAUAAGGACAAGCAAGUAAUAAAGAUCCUCAAGCCAGCUGCUUUUGUGGUGAUUGAUAAGGACGUUGCAUCAUGGUAUCAUUCUUUCAUGAUGCUGCAGAAAUGGCUUUAUUUGAAGAUAAGAUAGCAUUCUGUUUGAAAUGUAGGUCAGGAAUGAUGAAGCUCAAAGACACUAUCCUAACAAGGUGAUCAGUAAUUUGGAUUGCUUAUGUAUUUAUUUUAUUACUGCAUCACAAAAUCAUGCAGUAUUCUAACGAAAGGUAAAGGGGUACAUGAUGGGUUUUUCAAUAAAUACAUACAUAUUUGCAAGAGCAGAGUAGAGAAACAGCUGGAAGAAAACUGUAAAAACUGUGCUUCAAGUUUGGUACAGUUUGUUAUCAUGUUUUGAAUAAACAGCAAAUUGGAAUAAAUUAGUAGCAAAAAUGUAGUAAAAAGAAUGAGAAAUCAUUAACAGAAAUUGCUACUCAUUUUGAUAUAGAUUAAUAAAAUGAAAUCAAUACCUAAAUCCAAAUUAACAUAUGUUUCUGUGAAGGAGAAGUAACAUCAUAGAACAUCUGAGAUGAAGGAAUGAUGAGAUGAAAGGGAAUGGAGAAAGAGAGAUUACUGGAGUAAUAAGUAGGUAUUAAGUAAAAAGGACAAAGAAAAGUUCAAGCAAGAUAAAUUGGAAGUGCAGAACCAAGAUUGUAGCAUGCAGAGGGGAUAUAAUUUAAAGAAGAUAGUUAUAUAUAUCAGCUAUAAAGCUAUGGGCUAUAGAGCUGUACAAAAUAGCAUGAUGAUAGAAAGUAUUUAAAGAAUGGGAAGCAAGGAAUCAAAAGGAAAGGAAGGAGAAAUAACAUACCACUGAUGUAUGAUAAGCAUUAAAACAUGCUCCCUCUCCUUUCUACCCUAUUCCCACAGCACGUAUCCAAUAAUACCUUUAUUUUGUGCCCAUCCCCUCUAAUUUGAAGACGCUCCCAUUUGUGUACAUUUCAAGACUUUUUCUUCGAUAUCCUGGAUCAACUGUUAAAAUAUUGUGAUAUAUGUACCCUUAGCCUUAUUUCCAGUAUUUUGGUACUUGGUUCUAGGACUUGGUUCAUUAAAACAGUUGUAUCAAUCAAUUAUUUAAAUUGUUCUAAACACUUAUAAUGAAUGUCUAUUUCUUAUCUGUGAGACCGUGACAUGUUUUUGCAUGAUAUUUGGACAUAAUUAUUAAAUGAUAUGAAAGAUAGCAAA